AUGGAUGUAAUAGUUCAAGAAACCUUCCAAGCUCUUCUUGAUUGUGUGGGAGAAAAAAAGAAGGUAACCAACAAAUUUUCGCCAUCUAUAUACAUGGCUCCUAUUACCCUCAGAAAACUCAGCGAAAGUUCUUUCACGCCACGGGUGGUCUCUAUUGGACCACUGCACAGAAAAGAUGAAAACUUGCAACUGUUUGAAGUGCGGAAAGCUGCUUUUGUGCAUGAGCUAUUGUCUCGUUCAGGGCCACCGUUAACACAAACCUUAAAUGCAUGUGUGCAGAAGGUGACUUCUAUAAUAGAGAAUAUCAGGUCAUGUUAUGCUGACCUAAAGGAUUAUGAUGACAUCGAACUUGCAAAAAUGAUGGUUAUGGAUGCUUGUUUCAUACUUGAAUUCAUUCACGAUAUCAAAGGGAAGAAAUAUUCAGGUACAAAUUUAAGGCUGCAGGACCAAUAUAUACCUUAUGACCUGGUGUUGCUAGAGAAUCAAAUCCCAUUUUUUGUUCUUGAAGACAUAUAUGAGUGCAUUAUUUAUAAAUUUGAAGAAGCUCUACCUCUUGCUGAAUUUAUCCAGCCACUUCUGAAAUAUGCCAACCUCUUCAAAAGAAAAUUAAAAGUAGGCGUUAGUGGCUCAUAUAUCAAUCAUGAUCAUAUUCUUGGGUUUUUGCAUUAUUGUUACCAGCCUGAAUGCUAUAUUUCGUCAAGUUUUCCAAGUUCAACAAUCCACUCGGUUGUCGAACUCGAUAGGGCAGGAGUAAACUUUAAGCCUAACCACGAUGCGGAAUGGCCAAUGGCCAUGGAAGUAAAAAUGUCUAGGUAUUGUUCAAGCUUUUUAUGGUUGUGGAACAAGCCUACACUCACAAUGCCGACAUUGUGUAUUGAUGAUUUCACUGAGUUGGUUUUAAGGAACCUACUUGCAUAUGAGCAGUCAUAUGUGGUUGAUCCAUAUGUCACGUCCUAUGCCAGGGCCAUGGAUAUGCUAAUUGAUACUCAUGAGGACAUUGCCAAGUUGGUAACAUCAAAAGUUAUCAUCAAUCAUAUAGGUUCAAAUGAAGAGGCUGCAAAUAUGAUAAACAAGAUAUGCAAGGAACUUGCCCCAGAACAUUUCUAUUACACUAAACAGUGGGAACAACUAGAUAAACAUUUCAGAGGUUACUGGCCUAGAAAGAUUGUGAAGUUAAAGCGUACUUAUUUCAAUAGCCCAUGGAGUAUGAUUGCUCUCUUUGCCGGAUUUUCCCUUUUUGUUCUUGCUAUGCUUCAAACCAUCUUUACCAUUAUGUCUUCUUCCUGA